AUGUCAGUCAUUGACGCAUGGGUUCAUACUGUAGCAGAGGAAAGUUUGUGUGACGUGCAGGGAGUUUUGCCUUUAUUAUAUAACAGAGGAGUUGAAGGAAACACCGAACAUAUUUACUUCGGAAUAUUGUUUAGUUCAAGUGUUGAACGUCGUUGAAGGUCCAGACAUCAACUUCUAGUUUAAUAAAAGGCCCGUGACGGCAUGACGCCGUUAAGCGGGGGAGGGGCCAGUGAAACUGAAAGCAGGCCUAAGUUUAACUUCCUCGUUUAGAGAAAACAGGACAGAAGGGGAGAAAAAUGAAACACCAAAAACAAUGAGAAAAGUUGAGGAGAAGAUGAGUGAUUGUGUGGACAAAGAGGAUGGAGCAGAGUUUCCAGAAUCCAGAUGUGAGCCUUCAUCAUUCAGUCCUGAACCUGGAGUCUCAGACACAAAAGUAAAACCUCCAGGACCCAGUUGUCUGUCUGUGAAGAGUGACCGGUCCAAAGAUCAGCCUGAGAACUUCAGUAAUGAACCUGGAGCCUCAGACACAAAAAAGAAGAGAAGUCAUGUUCCUGUGGAGGAGCAGCCGUCCUGCUGUGUUAUGUGUCAGGUGGUUCUGAAGGAUCCAGUCUCUAGCAACUGUGGACACUGGUUCUGCAGACAGUGCUUCACCUCAUACUGGGACCAGUGUGUACCAUCAGGUGACUCUUCCUGUCCACAUUUUGGGGAACAACCCAGAACCAGAUCUGAACCUCUGACGGGCCAUCAGACCAGCACUGUCCAAACAGAUGUUGCUCUGCAGGAGGCUUUAGAUGAACUUAAGCUCAGUCUGAGGAGCAGAUGUGAACAUGUGACUGAAGGAGGUGAAACAGGAAGUGGAGUCCUCCUCACCAGCAUCUACACUGAGCUCUACAUCACAGAGGGGCAGAGUGAAGAGGUGAACACCCAACAUGAGGUGAGGCAGCUGGAGACAGCUUCCAAGAAGAAGACCCUCCAUGAGUUCCCCAUCAAGGUCCACGACAUCUUUAAAGCCUCCUCUGAUCCACACAGACCCAUCAGACUGGUUUUGACCAACGGUGUCGCUGGCAUUGGAAAAACCUUCUCUGUACAGAAGUUCACUUUGGACUGGGCCGAGGGCCGGGAAAACCCAGACGUCAGUAUUCUGGUUCUGCUGUCGUUCAGGGAGCUGAACCUGAUCAAAGAUCAGCAGCACAGUCUUCUCACGCUGCUCCAUGUUUUCCAUCCAACGCUCCAGAAGGUCCCAGCAGAGCAGCUCUCUGUCCUGAAGCUUCUGUUCAUCUUUGACGGCCUGGAUGAAAGCAGACUCUCACUGGACUUCAGCCACAGGAAGGUUGUGUCUGACGUCACACACAAGUCAUCGGUCACCGUGCUGCUGACCAACCUAAUCCAGGGGAACCUGCUUCCCUCGGCUCUGGUCUGGAUCACGUCCCGACCCGCAGCGGCCCAUCAGAUCCCUCCUACGUGUGUGGACAGGGUCACAGAAGUACGAGGCUUCACCGACGCCCAGAAGGACAAGUUCUUCAGGAGGAGAUCCAGCCACGAGCAGCUGUCCAGCAGAAUCAUCUCACACGUCAAGACGUCCAGGAGCCUCCACAUCAUGUGUCAGAUCCCAGUGUUCUGCUGGAUCACUGCUACGGUUCUGGAGCACAUGUUGACUACAGAGCGGAUGAGAGAGCUGCCCAAAACCGUGACGGACCUGUACUCACACUUCCUGCUGGUCCUGACCAAGAGGAAGAGGAACAAGUACCAUGAGGGACAUGAGACCAGUCCACAGGAGCUGACGAAGGCUGACAGGGAAGUUCUCCUGAAGCUGGGAAGACUGGCGUUCAAACAUCUGGAGGAAGGAACCAUCAUGUUCUACCAAGAAGACCUGGAGCAGUGUGGUCUAGACGUCACAGAGGCCUUGGUUCACUCAGGAGUCUGUACUGGGAUCUUCAGGAGAGAGAGUGUGAUCUUCCAGAAAACAGUCUACUGCUUUGUUCAUCUGAGCGUCCAGGAGUUUCUGGCUGCUGUUCACAUGAUGUACUGUUACACCAGCGGGAGGAUGGAGGAACUGGACAACUUCCUGGAGGAGUGUCUAGAGAAAAAUCAUAACUUUGGACAUGAUUUUUUGUUGUAUUAUAUCCUUGCUCAAACCAUGUAUAAAUCCCUCCGUAGUCCAAGCGGCCACCUGGACCUGUUUGUUCGCUUCCUUCAUGGCCUCUGUCUGGAGUCCAACCAGAAAAUCUUAGGAGGUUUGCUGGGUCACACAGAGAACAGUCCACAAACCAUCCAGACAAUUAUCAACAGCCUGAAGGAGAUGGACAGCGAUAGAAUCUCUCCAGACAGAAGCAUCAACAUCUUCCACUGUCUGAUGGAGAUGAACGACCACUCAGUCCAUCAGCAGAUACAAGAGUUCCUGAAGUCACAGAACAGAUCAGAGAAGAAACUCUCCUUGAUUCAGUGCUCAGCUCUGGCCUACAUGCUGCAGAUGUCAGAGGAGGUUCUGGAUGAGUUGGACCUGAUGAAAUACAACACAACAUGGGAGGGACGACUGAGACUGAGCCCAGCUGUGAGGAACUGCAGAAAGGCUCAACUUUCUGGCUGUGGACUCAUAGAGACACACUGUGAAGUUGUUGCCUCAGCUCUGAAGUCCAACCCGUCACAUCUGACACAUCUGGACCUGAGUAACAACAACCUGCAAGACGCAAGCGUGAAGGUUCUGUGUUCUGGACUGGUGAGUCCUCACUGUCGACUGGAGACUUUGAGAUUGAGUGGCUGCAGUUUGUCAGAGAUCAGCUGUGAUUCACUGGGUUCAGCUCUGAAAUCCAGCCAGUCACAUCUGACACAACUGGACCUGAGCUUCAACAACCUGCAGGAUUCAGGAGUGAAGCAGCUGUGUGGUUUUCUGGAGAGUCGUCACUGUCGACUGGAGACUCUGAGAUUGAGUGGCUACAGUUUAUCACAGAUCAGCUGUGAUUCUCUGGUCUCAGCUCUGAAGUCCAACCCAACACAUCUGACAAAACUGGACCUGAGUAACAACGACCUGCUGGAUUCAGGAGUGAAGCAGCUGUGUGUUUUUUUGGGGAAUCGUCACUGUCGACUAGAGACACUGAGACUGAGUGUGUGUGACCUGUCAGAGAAAAGCUGUGAAGCUCUGUCCUCAGUUCUCAGCCCUCAGUCAUCUAGUCUGAGAGAACUGGACCUGAGUAACAACAACCUGCAGGAUUCAGGAGUGAAGCUACUGUCUGCUGGACUGAAGAGUCCUCACUGUCGACUGGAGACUCUCAGGCUGUCAGGCUGUCUGCUCUCAGAGGAAGAUUGUGUCUCUCUGGCCUCAGCUCUGAGCUCCAACCCCUCCCAUCUGAGAGAGCUGGACCUGAGCUACAAUCAUCUAGGAGACUCAGGAGUGGAGCUGCUGUCUGAUGGAGUCAAGGAUCCACACUGGAGACUGGACACUCUCAGGGUGGAGCCUGGUGGAGUCCGAUGGUUGACACCAGGUCUGAGCAAGUAUUUCUGUCAACUCACCAUCGACACAAACACAGUGAACGGGAAACUACAACUGUCUGACAACAACAGGAAGGUGACAUGUGUGGAGGAGGAUCAGUCGUAUCCUGAUCAUCCAGACAGAUUUAACGUCUGUCCUCAGCUGCUGUGUAGUAAUGGUCUGACUGGUCGCUGUUACUGGGAGGUUGAGUGGAGAGGAAGGGUUCAUAUAUCAGUGAGUUACAAAGGAAUAAGUAGGAAAGGAGACAGUGAAGACUGUGUGUUUGGACAGAACAAUCAGUCCUGGAGUCUGUUCUGCUCUGAUGUUUUUUACUCUGUCACACACAAUAACAUAGUAACAUUCAUCUCCUCCUCUGUGUCUCACAGAGUAUCAGUGUAUGUGGACUGUCCUGCUGGUUCUCUGUCCUUCUACAGUGUCUCCUCUGACAAACUGAUCCACCUUCACACCUUCGACACCACAUUCACUGAACCUCUUUGUCCUGGGUUUGGGUUCCGUUCUCCUGGUUCCUCAGUGUCUCUGUGUGAUGUGUCGUAGUGAGAGUUUGAUCCUGUCAGAGAAACGUUGUCACCGUUGAACAUAGUUCAGUCUGUUCACGUCUGUCUCGUUUUCAGAUUCAUGUAUUAAACCAGUUUCUUUCUGAACCAGUUCUAAAUGAUUCCUUGUGAACUUCUUCCUCUUCCGUCCUUUAAAGAUGGAAGCUCUGAUUAUUCCAGGAUGACUUUUUGUGAAGUUGUUUUCCAGUGAAUUUCAGGAUGUUUCAGUUCAACAUGUGACAAACUGUGACAGAGAACAAUCACUGAGCUGAAUUAGUGAUAAGCUUCCAGAUGAUUGUUGAAUGAAAACUGUUGAUUGAAUGUUUCUGAUCAUUUUCUGUCCCUUUAGUAGAAGAGAGCAGCUCAGCCUCACAUUAAAGUGCUUCAUUAACCUUUACCUGUAAAUAAUCACUUGUUAUAAUCACAGUAUAUAAAUGUCAAUCACUUUGAACUAUGAUUAUAUUAUAACAAUCAUCAUGAUGUAACAUGAGUCAUAAUAGAUUCAGAGUGACAUGAUGAACCUCCACAUUAUGUAUAUACUGAAAUAAUAAUGUAAUAAAAUCUCACCACGUCUGG